GGUCGCGCAGCUCUGCGCCGGGCCACGGCGGCGCAAGCAGGCAGCAGGGGCUCGGCUCGACCUGCGCUGGGCGCGCCUGCUCCGCCUCGCCGUCGUCACCAGGGUGCUCCGCCUCGCGCGCGACCAGCUGCUCGCCUGCUCCUCCUGCGGGGGCGGCACCGCCGCCCGCCGCCGGUACCGCCGCCUCGGCCCGCCCACCAGCGCCAGCGCCGGUCCCGUGCUGUCACCCGUCGACAGGGACGACGACUGCGCCGCGGACGCCGAGGCCGCGGCCCCUCGCGACGCGGCCGACGACGAAGACAACGUUGUCAGCCUCAAGGUCAGCCUGCUCGGCGACUGCCAGAUUGGCAAGACCAGCUUCAUGGUUAAGUAUGUGGGAGAUGACGGGGAGGAGCAGAACGGCUUGCAGAUGACGGGCCUGAAUCUCAUGGACAAGACGAUGCCCGUCAGGGGAGCAAGGAUUGCCUACAGCAUCUGGGAUGUGGCAGGAGACCACCAGUCCGUCGACCACGUCCCAAUCGCGUGCAAGGACGCCGUGGCGAUCCUGUACAUGUUCGAUCUCACGAGCCGCUGCACGCUUAAUAACAUUGUAGAUUGGUACGGGAGGGCGAGGAAAUGGAAUAAGACGGCUAUUCCAAUCCUAAUCGGGACAAAGUUUGAUGACUUUGCUCAGCUUCCUCUUGAGAUGCAAUGGGCCAUCGUUAACCAGGCCAGAGCAUACGCAAGAGCGAUGAAGGCGACCCUCUUCUUCUCGAGCGCGACGCACAACAUCAACGUGAACAAGAUCUUCAAGUUCAUCACGGCCAAGCUCUUCAACCUCCCGUGGACGGUGGAGCGCAACCUCACCAUCGGCGAGCCCAUCAUAGACUUCUGACGACCCCUUCCUCUAACUAGUAACUCGGCAGCACACGCACGACGACCCUUGGUAUAUAUCAUGGGUUGACAGGGUCGUGUCUUUCGAUCCUCUUGCCCUGUGCGAGCCGCCGGAGCCAUGAAGUGACCGAGCAUGCCCGUCGUCCUCUUCCUCCUGGUGGCCGGCUGCAGCAGGCAAGAUGCCCUUUGUAAAUAUAGCCAUAGGUGACGGUCCCGCGUGCGUGCGGCCGUGCGGGAGCGUCGUCAAAUGGGAAGAAAACCGCGAGGUGUGACUGUGAUGUAACACCCCGUCUGUAACAUUCGCCAGAGUAUAUAGGAAAUCCAUGUUAAUAUACCCUCCAUUCCAACUGACAAA